AUGUCCACCGAACUUUCCAGAGAUUCCGACUCCAGGGCAACCACGAAACCCUACCAGACUAGCCGAAAAGGUGGCGUGUCCGUCAAGCCACAGUGGAAGAGCCACGUGGUGCCUCUAGUUGUACUUGCUGGCGUAGUGCAGAUUGCAUGCAUGCUUUAUUUGAGCAGGGCAAGUGUGAGCGAAAGAGAGGUGAAGUAUUUGAGUGAAAGAGAGGUGUUGUCAAGACACGAGUUUGAUGAGGUUUUCGAGAAGUAUAAGAAGGCUAAAGAAGACGCGGAGAAUAAUCAGGUGAGGAUGGUGGCGAGGGGGGUUGUUAUGGGAGAGAUUGAGAGGCAUAGCGCGGAUGGGAUUGGGAGGGUGGAUUAUGCAUUGGCGUCGGGGGGAGGGCGUGUGACGAGGCAUUCCAAGGCUUCAGGUGGUGUUUGGUUUUCGGGGAUUGGUUGGAAUGGGAUUCAUGUGGAUUCGGUUAAGAUGUUGAGACCGAGUUUUGGUGAGCCUGGUGAUUGUUUUGCUCUCAGUGGGAGCAGUGGCUUCGUCGAGAUUAAGCUCAGGAGAGCUAUCGUUCCUGAGGCUGUUACAUUAGAACAUGUUGCCAAGAGUGUUGCUUACAGUAGGUCCAGUGCUCCAAAGGACUGUAUGGUAUCUGGAUGGUUCAGAGGACGAGAAAUGGAUUCAGAUGCUGCUGAGAAAAAGUUUCCUCUGGCCAAGUUCACCUAUGACCUUGAAAAGAGCAAUGCUCAAACUUUUAAUGUAUCAGAACCAGCAGGCUUAGGCAUCGUUGACAUGAUAAGGCUAGACUUCACGUCAAACUAUGGAAGCGCUUGUCAUACUUGCAUAUAUCGUUUCAGGGUUCAUGGUCACAAACCUGAUUCAUCUAUUCCCGUGGCAAAGAGGUUUUAG